ACUCCAUCUUCUCAUCUUCCUCCUCCCCAUCUAUGCUUUUGGUGUUGCUAUAAAUCAUCAAGAAACACACCAUACUACUUCUCAUUCUAAAAACAAACAUCUUCUCAUUUCUCAUUUUAUCUAAUUCGGAUCACCGGUCUCAAAGCUUUCGGUUCGUUUUAUCUAAAGUUGUAGCCAUGUCUCAGACCGUUGUCCUCAAAGUUGGUAUGUCAUGCCAAGGUUGCGUUGGUGCCGUCAAUAGAGUCCUAGGCAAAAUGGAAGGCGUUGAGUCAUUUGACAUUGAUAUCAAGGAACAAAAGGUGACAGUGAAAGGAAAAGUUGAGCCUGAGGCAGUUUUUCAAACAGUUUCUAAGACUGGAAAGAAGACUUCUUACUGGCCCGUGGAGGCUGAGGUUGAGCCUAAGGACGAGACUGAGACAAAACCUGAAGGUGAGACUAAGACUGAGGGUAAGGUUGAUGCUGAGGUACCGGAGGUUAAGGUUGAUGCUAAGGUCGAGCCUAAGGCUGAUGUUGAACCGAAACACGCAGAAACGGAGACUAAGACCGAGGGUAAGGUUGAUGAUGAGAUACUUGAUGCCAAGGUUGAUCCUAAGGUCGAUGCUAAGGCUGAUGUUGAACCGAAACUCGUUGAAGCCGAGACUAAGCCACCACAAGUUUAAGUACCAAAGAAAUAUUGUAAUGAUGAUUUUAAUCCAUAUUUGCAAUGCUUCUUAUUAUCCUAUGUUUAUCUGUUGUUGUAAGAACUAAAAAAUGUAUCCGAUUUACUAAAAAAUGUUUUCUCUAAACAGAA